UCCUAGGGCCCUAGGUGAAGAAGCGGCCCAAUUGUGCUUGUCUGACACAGUAUAAUUGGGGGACGGGAGAGUAAUACAAAUAUACAGGAUGAAGUAGGGGCCCACGAGUUUUGUUUGCCUCGGGCCCUGGAAAGGGUUAAUCCGGCCCUGCCAAGGACCAAAACAAACCAAGCCCCUCCCAGCCCAGGACCUUGGCAAGGGCUCGCCCCGCUUUGUGCCUUUCCAGCCCGCAGCCGGAGCGACAGGGACUCCUGCUCCACGGGGAUCGCAGCACCGGCCCAGUCCCGCGGCCGCCCCGCCCCGCUCGGCCUUUCCCUUCGCGCCCGCGGGGCCGGGAUGCUCCGCGGAUCCCCCGCUCUAGCUCUGCCUCCCAGUGCACGGCUCCCCCCGUGCCCGGGGCUGGACCAAACGCGGGAGCAAAGUCCCCGGCAGGACUGGAGGACGCCUCCGCGCGCCUUACAGAGCUGGGGCAGGACAGGGCACCCCCGGCGGCUCCCCGGCCACCAGCGCGGGCCCCGGCCCCCCCGCGCCCCUCUCACACGCCUCCCUCCCCCCGGGCCGGCCGGGUUGUUUAUUCAGCGGCCGGGAGCGCGGCACGCGCCUGGCGCACGCACUUGCAACAACAAACCCGGGCGGGGCGGGGCAGGGAGGAGGAGGGUGAAUGAAUGGGGGGUGUGCGAGGCUGGGGGGGGCGGAGCCGGGGCCAGCGCGUGUGUGCGGGGCUCGCUCAGUGCGUGUGUGUGUCUGUGUGUGGGGGGGGUUGUGUUUCCCCCCCCGCAUUGAAAAGGCAGCGGCGCUGCCCGGCCCGCGGCCACUCAUUGCAAAGCUGGGGAGCGUGCACGGCGCAAGGUGCAGAGUGUGCGGAGAGAGGGGGGGAGAGGCGAGGGGAGGGGGGUCCCGCCAGGGAGGGGGGGCUGCGUGCGUGCGUGCGCGCGCGCGCGCGUGUGUGUGUGUGUGUGUGUGUGUGUACGGGGGGGAGCCCCGGCCGCCCCUUAUAAGAGACACAAUCCCCAGGCACUUUUUUGCAAAGGGGGCUUUGCAAGGCGGGCCGCGCACACGCGAGCGCCACGAGCCUCCCCGCCGCCCGGUGCACAGGGGGGCCGAGCCGGCGCGCUGCCUCCAGUCCGGCCGCCUGCUCGCCCGGCCCGGCCCGGCUCGGCCCGGCCCUGCCCCGCGCCGUCCCCCCCUGCCCUACUGCCUUGCUUUUUUUUUGUUGUUUUUUUUUUUUCUCUCCCCUUCCCUCCUUUCUCCCUUCUUCCCCCCCCCCCGGGCCAGCCGCGGCCGCCGGGCGCCCCGCUUCCUCGCGCCUGCCAAUGGCCAGCGGCAGCCCUGCCAAGAUGGACAGCAGCGCCAGCCAGCCGCAGCCCUUCUUGCAGCCCGCCUGCUUCUUCGCAGCCCCCCGGGGCGCGCAGCAGCCGCAGCAGCAGCCGAGCGCGGCGGGCGGGCAGGCGUCCCCGGCCGGCAAGGGGGCGGCGGCCAAGCCGGUGAAGCGCCAGCGCUCGUCGUCGCCGGAGCUGAUGCGCUGCAAGCGGCGCCUGAACUUCAGCGGCUUCGGCUACAGCCUGCCCCAGCAGCAGCCCGCGGCCGUGGCGCGGCGCAACGAGCGAGAGCGCAACCGCGUGAAGCUGGUCAACCUGGGCUUCGCCACCCUGCGGGAGCACGUCCCCAACGGCGCCGCCAACAAGAAGAUGAGCAAGGUGGAGACGCUGCGCUCCGCCGUCGAGUACAUCCGCGCCCUGCAGCAGCUGCUGGACGAGCACGACGCCGUGAGCGCCGCCUUCCAGGCCGGCGUGCUCUCGCCCACCAUCUCCCCCGGCUACGCCAACGACAUGAACUCCAUGGCCGGCUCGCCCGUCUCCUCCUACUCCUCCGACGAAGGAUCCUACGACCCGCUCAGCCCCGAGGAGCAGGAGCUGCUGGACUUCACCAGCUGGUUUUGAGUCGCCCGGCCCGGGGAGGAUGCUCCUGGGCGCGGGGCUUCCCUCCUCGCUCACCCCCCACCCCUCUUCCCGCUCCUCUCGGGAGGACACGGAGGAAAUCUGUGUGUGCGCGCGUGUGCGUGUGCGCGCGCGCGCGCGCGCGUGUGUGUGUGUGUGUGACAGAGAGAGCGUGUGCAGAGAUCUCUCCAGCCCAAGCACACGAGGGGGAGUGGGGGGGCCGCCUCUCCAGGAAGACUGAAGCACUCACUGCCUUUGCACUCCGCUCAGAUGAACCACAAGGACCACGACGGACUUGAAAGCUGCCUGCUCAAGCAUGCGGCCUCGCCGGCCGGUGUCCCCCUCCCCUCCAGCCGGGGAAGAGCGCUGCCUACCCUCCACCCAGCGAGGAGCUCUUCCCCCGCAUCCUCCUCCUCCUCUUCCUCCCCCUCUUCCAACCCUGUCCCCUUCCCCCUGUGGACAAACUUAGUCCCCUCAUUUUGGAAAUUCAACUCUGCUGUACUCAAAGAGCCCUUCCCCCACCCCACCCCGACCUCUUUUUUUUUGCUACCACCUCCCUCCUCAAAAUGCUUCCAAUCUUUUUUUGUGAAUUUUUUUAUUAUAAGAAAAACAAAACAAAACAAAUCUAUUUGUAUCUAUCCUAACCAGUUUGGGGAUAUAUUAAGCUAUUUUUGUACAUAAGAGAGAGAGAGAUUUAUAGAGGUUUUGUACAAAUGGUUUUAAAAUGUGUAUAUCUUGAUACUUUUUUGUGUGUGUGUGUCCUUUUUGGGGGGAAUAUGUCAUGCUUCUUACCUCCUGCUCUUUAGACGUGUAGUCCCGCCUUACCUUACAACUGCCAUCUUUUGUAUGUGGCUGUUGUAAAGGACUCGGGGGUUCCUCCAGAUGUACUUUAGCACCAACGUGUCUUACUUUAUAGCAACUUUCUUAAUGUAUUAAUAAUGUUAUUAAACCGUGUUCAGAGUGAACAAAGUUUUAUGCAGCUAUUGUCCAAACGCCAAACGGGAGCCAUUUGUUGUCUAUACUGCCUUUUUUCGAGGGGGAAAAGGGAAAAAAAAGCAAACAAAAAAACCAGCAAGCAAACAAACGAGAACCUGACGCCACUGCCUUUUCUUAUUGUUCUAUGACAAACUUACAAAGGUCCUGUAUAACCCUGUUUUAUACAAACUAGUUUCGUAAUAAAACUCUUUUUUUUUUUAAUGAAAAUGA